AUGCAAUCAAUAAAGUUGAGUAACAUUUCGACCCACUUUUUUAAAGGUCUUUACAGACCCUCGAACGUUGUAAUUUCCUCGACGACACCCAUUAGCCAGCGAUUGUUUUCUUCAAGCUUUCAUUGUUCGAAUGUAGAAGAGCCCGGAAAGACCCCUGAAGCGGAAGCAGCAGCAACUACAACUGAAGAAGAAGCAAAGACAAAAACUGCAGAUGCUGCCGUUGAAACAGACGCAGAACCCGCAGAAGCUAUCAACCCAUCAAGGAGAAGAAAACGUUUCCUUGAAUGGAUCAAAGGUCAGGGUGCCAAAUAUAGUCGACCAUCAGAAGGCUCCACAAAUUAUCUCGGUGAUUCAUACCCCUUCCCCAAAAACCCACUGUUCAGACCUAGACCUCCACUUUCUGAUGCGCUUCGUCAAGAAAUGUACGAUUUAUAUAUUUCUGAUUCAGCAAAGUGGACAAUUCGUAAACUCGCUACAAAAUAUGGUAUUUCAUUAAAACGUGUGGAAGCUGUCUUAAAGCUGAAAGAUGCAGAAAAGGACAUGGAAAAGAAGGGGGUCAUCUUACAGAGAAAGUUCAACAAAGGCAUGGAGAAAUUAAUGGGUGUGGAUCAAACUCAAUACACAUUUAGAGAACCUUUAAUUGAUAUUCAACCACAUAUUGGUAAACCCAGAUUCAAAAUCCUCGAUGAAGAUCAGCCAUUCACUCCUGUUGAUGCCGCCAAAGCACUUGGCCGUACACCCUUCCAAGAACUUCAAAAACGAACUAUUGAAGCAGAAGCUAACUUCACUUUAGAAUCAACGAAGAAAGCUUCAACAGAUUCAACAAGCGGAAGCAAACGUUCAAAAUUAGUAAUUGUAGAUACUAGUUCUUAG